AUGUGUUUCCUCAAGAGCAUGAGAGAGAAAGAUGCGGGCUUGAGGCCAACUUCAGGUCAGUCCAUGGUAUUCCGCUCCCCCCUAGACCUCUAUUCCUCCCACUUCUUGUUGCCAAACUUCGCCGAUUCUCACCACCGCUCCCUACUUCUGGCGAGUAGCGGCGGCGGGACCGGUGCGGGAGGCGGCGGCGGCGCGGGCGGCGGCGGCGGCGGGAACUGUGCGGGAGGCGGCGGUGCUGGCGGAGCAGGCGGCGGCGGCGGCGGCGGCGGCUCCAGGGCCCCCCCGGAAGAGUUGUCCAUGUUCCAGCUGCCCACCCUCAACUUCUCGCCGGAGCAGGUGGCCAGCGUCUGCGAGACGCUGGAGGAGACGGGCGACAUCGAGCGGCUGGGCCGCUUCCUCUGGUCGCUGCCCGUGGCCCCCGGGGCGUGCGAGGCCAUCAACAAGCACGAGUCGAUCCUGCGCGCGCGCGCCGUGGUCGCCUUCCACACGGGCAACUUCCGCGACCUCUACCACAUCCUGGAGAACCACAAGUUCACCAAGGAGUCCCACGGCAAGCUGCAAGCCAUGUGGCUCGAGGCGCACUACCAGGAAGCCGAGAAGCUGCGCGGCCGCCCGCUCGGCCCGGUGGACAAGUACCGCGUGCGCAAGAAGUUCCCGCUGCCGCGCACCAUCUGGGACGGCGAGCAGAAGACGCACUGCUUCAAGGAGCGGACUCGGAGCCUGCUGCGGGAAUGGUACCUGCAGGACCCCUACCCCAACCCCAGCAAGAAACGAGAACUGGCGCAGGCCACCGGCCUCACUCCCACGCAAGUAGGCAACUGGUUUAAGAACCGGAGGCAGCGCGACCGCGCCGCGGCGGCCAAGAACAGGCUCCAGCACCAGGCCAUCGGACCGAGCGGCAUGCGCUCGCUGGCCGAGCCCGGCUGCCCCACGCAUGGCUCGGCAGAGUCGCCGUCCACGGCGGCCAGCCCCACCACCAGCGUGUCCAGCCUGACGGAGCGCGCGGACACCGGCACCUCCAUCCUCUCGGUAACCUCCAGCGACUCGGAAUGUGAUGUAUGA